UGAUUUUUGUGAAAAAAAGCACAAAAUAUAUCGUUUACAGUUUGAAGAUGAGAAAGCUACACGUUCAAGUUUCUGAAAAGAACGGUGUCUUAGUGCUGGUCGACACUGGACCUUAAACUUCACAUUACACUGUCACACUGCCUUUUCUGUGGCUUGCAACGUGAGAGCAAACUUUAGCAAUACAUGGAUCAAACCUGUGGGAGCAAAUCUGACAUCUGUGGCUUGCAACGUGAGAGCUUCCAUGCUUAUAUAUUACUUACCCCAGCAAUACAUGGAUCAAACCUGACCAUUGUAGACCAUGCAAAUGUUAAUGGAGCCAAUUGGUUCUCUGUAUUUUGUUAGGCAAAUCUGCAAUCGGAGAAGUCAUGAACUUCCAAAGGAUGCUAAUGUGCUUUCCGAAGAAGGGCAUGAACCUUCGGCAUAACCCAAUCGGAAGUUGCUGGUCCCAGUCUGUCUUGGUCUCUUUGUUCAGUCAUGGUCUCUCUUGGACUCUUGGAGAAGAAGAGUUAUGUACAAUGUAUGUGGCAGGUGGCACGAUUGGCAAGUCCGCAAGUGGGAGAAGUCGACAACCACUGGACCAAUUCCUUCCCGCGAAUACCCCCUUGACUGUACAUCAGUACAUCACCAACUCCAUCUCCCUUUACUUAUGCAUCGCCAACUCCACUGCUCCAUGUUGCUUCUGCGCCGUCUCCGCCGUGCCGCCAUGGCCGUGCUCAUGCUAGUGUGGUGCGUGUCCGUUUUCUUGCUCCUCCCAUCUGCCACCGCGCAGGCCACCACCUUCACCAGCAACGUCGACGGCAAGGAGUUCACCACAUUCUCCUUCCCCAAGUUCGACAAGCCCCUGUUGCAGCUCCCCGACAACCUGACCUUCUCAGGCAACGCCACCAUCGCCCAGGACGGGUUGCAGCUCACCCCGGACAGCGGCAACAGGCCCGAGAUAUUCCUCGUCAACCAGGCCGGCCACGCCUUCUUCACCGCCCCGUUCGUCGUCUGGGAAUCCAAGUCGUCGUCGUCGUCGUCCAACUCCGCCGCCGCUGCCGCCGAUGGAAAGUACGUCGCCUCGUUCUCCACCGUGUUCAAGGUUAACCUGUUCCGCUCGAACCUGAACAAGACGGUCAAGGGCGAGGGGCUCGCGUUCGUCGUCGCGUCGAGCAACGCCCGCGGGCCGCCGGUCGGUAGCCACGGCGGGUUCCUCGGCCUCACCAACGCCUCCACCGACGGCAACGCCACCAACGGGUUCGUGGCCGUGGAGCUGGACACAGUGAAGCAGCGCUACGACAUCGACGACAACCACGUCGGCCUCGACGUCAACGGCGUCCGAUCCACCGCCGCGGCGCCACUCGCCCCACUGGGUAUCCAGCUCGCGCCCAGGAACACCACCGUCGACGACGGCAUCUGCUUUGUCUGGGUCGACUACAAUGGCACGUCGCGGCGGAUGUCGGUGUACAUCGCCAAGAACGAGAGCAAGCCCUCCGCCGCCGUGCUCAACGCGUCGCUGGACCUCUCCACCAUCCUCCUCGGCAAGACGGCGUACUUCGGCUUCUCGGCGUCCACCGGCGCCGCGACGUACCAGCUCAACUGCGUGCGCAUGUGGAACAUGACCGUCGAGAGGCUCCACGACGGCACCACCACCACCGCCACGAAGCUAGCCGGCACGUCCGGCUGGAAGUUGGCCGUCGGCGUGUUGUGCGGCGUCGCCGUGGUGCUCGGGGUGGUCGCCGCGCUGUACAUCCGGAAGAGGAGGAGACGGAGCGGCGGCGACCCGAGCUCGGCGUUCAACGCCGCCAUUGAUUUCAGGAAGAUCCCAGGUUUGCCCAAGGAGUUCGACUACAUGGAGCUGAGGAGAGGGACGAACAACUUCGACGAGAAGAUGAAGCUGGGGCAGGGCGGGUACGGCGUGGUGUACCGCGCCACCGUGGUCGGGGAAGAUGGCCGGAGCACGGACGUCGCCGUGAAGCAGUUCUCCGGUGCAAACACCAAGGGGAAGGAGGAUUUCCUCGCCGAGCUCAGAAUUAUCAACUGCCUCCGUCAUCGCAAUCUCGUCAAGAUCGUCGGUUGGUGCCGCCAAAAUGGCAGGCUGUUGCUAGUGUACGACUACAUGCCGAACGGCAGCCUGGACAGGCACAUCUUCGGCGAGCCGGGCGCGGCGGCGCUGGACUGGAAGCAGCGCUACAACGUCGUCGCCGGCGUCGCGUCGGCGCUGAACUACCUCCACCACGAGUACGACCAGAUGGUGAUCCACCGCGACAUCAAGCCGUCCAACAUCAUGCUCGACUCCGCCUUCAACGCGCGGCUCGGCGACUUCGGCCUCGCCCGCGCGCUCGAGUCCGACAAGACGUCGUACACCGACAUGGCCGGCGUCACGGGGACGCUGGGGUACAUCGCGCCGGAGUGCUUCCACACCGGCCGCGCGACGCGGGAGUCGGACGUGUUCGGCUUCGGCGCCGUCGUCCUGGAGAUCGUCUGCGGCCGCCGCGUCUCCUGCAGCGACCUCCCCGGCUGGCUCAGCCUGCUGGAGUGGGUCUGGAAGCUCCACGGCGCGGCUGGCGGCGGCGGCAUCCUCGAGGCCGUCGACCAGAGGCUCGCCGGCGAGUUCGACGAGGUCGAGGCCGAGCGGCUCCUGCUGCUGGGCCUCGCGUGCAGCCACCCGAACCCCGGGGAGCGGCCGAGGACGCAGGCCAUCCUGCAGAUCCUGACGGGCGCCGCCCCGCCGCCGCACGUGCCGCCGUCGAAGCCGGCGUUCAUGUGGCCCGCGAUGCCCGUCGCGCUCGAUGGCGACGACGACGACAGCGAGACGCCGACGUCGCGCAGCAGCAUGCUGCUGACCUCGUCGUCGACGGGGUGGACCAAAAUCUUCCAGGUGAGCAAAGAGCAUGACGUGGCGGAGAAGGACGUGGCCGCAGAGUGAACAGCCGGGAAGAGUCAGCGGCUCGCGUGCGGGCGAGGCCUGGUCAAUCGAGACCGUCGAGCUGGUGGAACACUGGACGACGUGCAGGAGUAUGACCAAACAAAACGGAGUAAAAAAAUGUGCGUUGCCAUGGAAUGGCGGAGGUUGUUUUUGCUCUAACAUUUUUCAACUUGCUGCGUUAAAUACAAUCUAGUGGUGUACGGCGGUGAGUGUAGUUUAUGCGAGUAGUAGCUGUAUUUGUCACGUCAGAAUUUUUUUUUCCCAUGGUGCGCAAGAGGGAGGGGAAAACACUUGCUUAUUGUUCCAAGCUUUGCAGCCACCUUAGUACUACCAUACUGGAGUAUUGCGAGAAAGGAAGGUCUUGGAGCACGUUUUCAAAGA